AUGCAGCCCAAAGAUGAGCCAAUCAAGCUGAAGCUCCAGGGAUCUCCUCGAGAAAUCGGGCUACAGCAUGGCCGAGGGUUACGGGACCAAAUCCACAGCCAGAUAUCUAUCUACGAUGCCAUGUUCCAGCAUACCUCAAAUCUAGCCUGGAAAGAUGUGCGCGAAGUCGCAACUGAAUUUCAGCCCACACUUCAGAACCUAACGCCUGAUCUGUUUACGGAGAUGGAGGGUAUCGCAGAGGGCGCCGGGUUAGAUGUGCUUGACAUAAUUGCGCUGAACUGCCGAAGCGAGAUAGCGCUAGGACGAUUCUCCGAUGGCUGCACGGCACUAAGCUGGAAGAAAAGCGAGGCGACGCGAGUGCUCGCGCAGAAUUGGGACUGGACGCAGACUGUCAAGAAGAAUCUAGCGAUGGUAUCGAUUGAGCAGGUUGGAAAACCCACUAUCUAUAUGGUUACCGAGGCAGGAAUCGUUGGCAAGAUAGGAUUCAAUACCAGCGGCGUUGGAACUUGUCUCAAUGCAAUCCGCGCCAAACCGAUGAUUAGCAGCAAGAUCCCGAUCCACGUUGCGCUUCGGUUGUGUUUGGAAAGUACUUCUGUCGACAACGCCGUGAAUACCAUCGAGUCUCUGGGUGGUGUCGCCUCUGCUCAGCAUAUUCUUUGUGCAGACAGUACCAAAGCCCUAGGGCUUGAGCUGUCGCCAGUUGGAGACAAACAUAUCUCCGAGGAUGCAUCGGGGAUUAUCGGCCAUACCAAUCAUUUCCUUGAGAACCGCUAUGUGAAUGAGCCACCGUGGCUGUCCGGGUCACCUAUCCGGCUCAAGCGGCUAGGAGAGUUGACGCAGGAGUUAAUACAGGGUGGUGUCCAGGGCGACACUAUUACCCCGGCUGUGUUGCGAGAACAUGUCUUCUCUGAUACGUAUAACCAGCCUCAGUCAAUAUGUUGUCAGGAGGACCCAUCGCGUCAUAUCUCAAAUAGGAGUAGUACUUUGUUCAACAUUAUUAUGAACUUGGACCUGGGGAAUCUCGGCGCAGAGGUGGUCUUUGGCCGGAUUGGGUCUGGAGAGGAAGGGCCUGUGUUGACAAUGCCUUGGUGA